AUGUCCCUCGAUGACGAUCUCUCCGACUUCGAGGGCAUCCUUCCUGUGAUCCCCGACAGCUCGCCGCCCGUCUUCAAAGAUUCCAAGAGCAAUGCGACCACGGGAGCGUCUGCGGCCGGCGUGCGUGCCGUUACCGCGCAGGUUGUAGCCUUCUACUUUCGCGCGCCUGUCAAGGCGUUCUUCAGGACAAGAGUUGACUAUCUCGCGUAUGCGAGAUCCAUCAACCCAGAUGUCCAGGACGGGCGCUUCUCCUGGAGAAGCACGACGCCGGGGAUCCUUGCCCAUGCCAUCAAACACUACGGAUGGAGGUUUAUUCCCGAGCAGCUCCUCCUGCCCUUGACCGCCAAUGUCGCAGUCGGAGCAGCCUUGUAUACAUCAUAUCUCCAUAUCCUGGGCCGGCUUCACGAACCCUCGGCUCAUGCCACGAAGACCGUCUUUCCUCCUCCCCCACCGACCGCGACCUUCGCUGCCGGAUUUGCCGCAGGGACGCUCCAAAGCGUGCUCGCAGCGCCAUGGGAUGCACUCCAGGUGAGGUUUGAGCAGAGAGGGGAGAAGUACCAGAACAAGACCAUGUGGCAGUACUGCCGGGGCAAAUUGCACGAGAUUGGUCUUCGUGGCAUUUUUGCCGGUUGGGGCAUCUCAUUCCUGAAGGACAGCUUUGGUUCAGGCAUCUUUUUCUCGACCUUCGAAUAUGUCAAGGCUCAGGGUUACUACUCGUUCGUGCGAUGGUAUUAUGGAGCCCUCGGGGGAGCCGACGUGGACAUGCUUGCUCACAAAAGAGGCACGGCCGCGACGGAAAGCCAGCCGACGGCGGUCAUCAGGCCCCAUUAUGCGCUCGAACCGGCUUUUCUCAUGCUGGCUGGCAUGACGGCCUCCGUGACCCAACAGGUGGUGUUGUAUCCGUUAUCAACAUUUCAGACGCUGCAUUACGAACGGCUUGAAGAUCUAGACAAGCACGCCACCCAGCUCCAACGUUCCCCCUCGGCCAGUAGGGGACGCAUGCUUCGCGCCUACUACCACGCAUAUCAAGAAACACGGAGGCAAGCUCAACAACAAGCCGGCCAAAUCGGUGGGAUGAGGAGAUGGCUUUUUAGAGGAUUCUGGUGGUUCACGAUCCGCCAGGUUCCCAGCACCAGCACCGGGUUGAUCAUUUUCGAAUUGGUGCGCAGGAAAUACGGCCUGAGUGGGGAUGAGAUCAGGAUCACAAAGGAAGGGUAUGACAUUCUGUUGACUUAG